CUCUUUAGCUCAGUCGACGGCUGGCGAUCGUGGCGUUAGGACGUGUUUACCAAGUUUCAAGGAUCUGAGGGCAGAACUGGUUCCGUGUUUUUAUUUGUGAAGUUGGGAAUUCUUUAGAAGAAAGUUGUGGUGCCGUGACGUAUUUAUGGUAGAAUUUUCUGUGAUAUAAGGCUACGCGGUGCCCGUCAAAUAAUGAAUAUAAUAUGGUAUAGCGUCGCAAUCCUUACCAUAUUGGAAAGAGGCGUGAACGGUCACGGCAGACUGAUCGAGCCGCCGUCGCGCGCCUCCGCCUGGCGGUACGGCUUCAACACUCCGCACAACUACAACGACCAUGAGCUGUACUGCGGCGGCUUCACCCGCCAGUGGCAGCGCAACAACGGGAAGUGCGGCGUCUGCGGCGACGCCUGGGACGACCCCAAGCCCCGCGCUCACGAAAAAGGCGGCAGGUUUUACAACGGCGUCAUCGUGCGCAAAUACGCGCCCAGCGACGUCAUCCCCAUCAAGGUACAACUGACCGCCAGCCAUAUGGGUUUCUUCCAAUUCAGAAUAUGCAACGACUCCAAUGCCACAGACCAAGAAUGCAUGGACAAAUACGUCUUACCUUUGGAAGGUAGAGCGGAAACGAAGUACUACCCCAAAAAUGGGAACGGCAUAUACGAAAUGAAGUACCAGUUGCCCGACGAUCUGGAGUGCUCACACUGUGUGCUCCAGUGGAAGUAUAUUGCUGGCAACAAUUGGGGUACGUGUGAAGACGGCACGGGGGCCGUAGGAUGCGGACCGCAGGAGGAAUUCCGAGCGUGCGCAGAUAUAGCCAUCGGGGAAAACUUCGCCACCACGACGAGAAGGCCGAAGCCGACGUACGUUCACCCGAGCAGGAAGCCACCUACGCCGGCGCCGGAAGAGUCUACCGGAAGCACCUGGUACUACGGUCUCGUCAUCGCGAUUGUCACGCUAUUCGUCGCGGUGGCAGUGUUGGCAGGCCUGUACCUUUACUACUACAGAGGUGGCAUGAAAAUAAAAGCUCUGUUGAAAUCCAAAGUGCCUCCGCCUGCGCCCGUCCCACCUCCCAGACACAAGAGAACCUCUCUGUCGAGGGAAUCCCCACCAGAGAUCUCAGCGCCGAAACUGAUUACCGAAUCUGGCUUCGAGACAGUAGACCUAAGAGCGAAAUAAUGACGAGACUUAGCUGUAACCGUCACUGCCUUUUUAGUCAUAAAUCUAGAUGUAACGUGUGAUUGAUUACGCUUGAAUGGAAAUAAAUCUGAAAUGAGGAUUAGGUACCUACUUUUGAAUCUACCAAAUUCUAAAAAAUAAUUACCCUCGACUAUUUAUUGAUUGUGUAAUUUUAACGAUGUUGUACAUAAAACAUUGGUUAUAAUAACAAUAUUUAAUUAAAUUAUUUUUUCCGUAUAGGUAAUUUAUGUGUUUGAAUAAAAAUAGAUAAUUAUAGAUUUAAAGAUGUACCUAAAUACCCAUAAGAUUAAAGAGUUUCCAGUGUGAUUAGUAUGAUACAAAGUGUGAGAAUUUUGAUGGCAAUGUUGGCCUUCUUGUGUAAAUUAUAUUUAUGUUUUAAAUAAAGAAUUAAAAAUA